GGGGGAAAGGUCACCUGGACAGCCCGGACAGACUCACAGCGUCUGUGCAGGGGACCCCCUGCCCUGCCCCUGGCCAUGUUUUGGGGUGUCUGGUCCUAUCUGCUGUAUCUCUAUGGUGCCCUCAUCAAUGCCCUGUCCCCCUGCCAGCCUCCCACCCUGCUGCCCGCCAGCAGGGUAGACUGGGAACAGUACCUGGGGGUCUGGCACUUUGUGGGAGCCGCGGCCAUCACCAGCCCCUCGCUAGAGAACUUUGCGAGCACGGAUGGGGCCAUCUUCUUGCUGGUGCCCAGCGCCCAACCUGGGCAGCUCGGCCUGCGGGCAGCGCUGCGUCUGAAAUCGGGUGUCUGCAUCCAGCGAUCAUGGACCUACCUGCUCAAGGAGGGACACCCAGACCUGGACACUGAAGGCCGUCCAGGGAUGCGAUCCUGGGUAUUUGCUGGGAAGUGCCCUGACACCAUCAUUGUCCGAGAAACAGACCAUGAUUACGACCGACUCCUGCUCUAUGGCCGCUCCCCCCAGCUUGCAAAUCAGUGUUUGGAGGACUUCUGGGACCAGGCUUCCUGCCUGGGCAUGGAGACAUCCCUCCUCAUCCCCCGGACCCAUGACCCCUGUGAGCUCCAGGAUGCCUGAUCCCAAUACCCCCUGCCCCAGCAAAGAGCAAACCCCAGUUCCUGGAGCUGCCCAAUAAAGGACUCGCUUUCCCUGCUGGCAA